AUGUCUGGAGGCAUGAGACGGCCAAAAAUCCACACUCUAUUGAAUAAGCCUUUGCUCUUCAUCCGCAUUGUCUUCAUACUAUGCGGCUUUCUCUAUCUUUCGUCACGUCUCACAGCAACGCGCCACGCAAACGAUGAUGAUACCAGACCUCGAUUCCUGAGCCCUUCCUCUUUCCGCAACAAGCCAGACCUGGCAUAUGAAAAAAGAAUAUCUACUGCGCUACAGGGCAUUGAAAAAGCUGUACUGGCGGAGAAUGGCGGGGAUACCUUGGCAGAAGAGAGAAUCUGGCAGAUCGCAAAGAAUGAGGCACAACGAGGUUCUGAUUCACUGUCUUUGGAGCACCAUAACAGCGAAUGGGAGUAUGCAUUAGUGACGGACGAGAAAGCUAUCAAUUUUGUUACCAACGUCCUAUCUGCCGUGCCAGAAAUUGCAGGGGCGUACAUGUCGUAUCCUCACUACGUUCUACGUACAGAUCUUCUUCGAUAUCUACUACUCUGGUACUACGGGGGCUUCUAUGCGGACAUGGAUGUCUUCCCAGCGCGGUCAAUCAAAACGUGCCCAGAUCUCAAGCCUCUUUUUUUCGCUGAUGACGACAAACAAAAGCCAACACCAAGAAAUGUCUCCCUCAUUCUUGGUAUCGAGCUCGAUGAACCCUAUAUUUCUACGCGUGGUAUGCGUGAAUGGCAUUGGACUAGGAGAUAUGGGUUUAUGCAGUAUACCAUGUACGCACCUCGACGGUUCAGUCCUUUGCUUCGAGAGAUUAUCACCCGAGUUAUAGCACAUACCAAGCAACACAACGAACGCCUUAGUAGCUAUAUUGGACGAUAUAGCCAGAAUGCCGUUUUGGGCAUGACGGGACCUGAUGUGGUUACAGAUGCUGUUCUGGAUGUACUGUCGGCGACACUCCCGACCACGCAUGAACUAGUUGACAUAUCAAUGAAAGCGGAUGCAGGGAUCGAUGGUCUUCCCGUCUCCAAGUCUACUGGCAAGACUCAAAGACGCGUGACAUGGGCCCCGUUCCAUCGCAUACAAAGCCCCCUGUGUAUCGAUGACGGAGAGGCCAAGUUGGAGAGAUCCAUGGGCGGUCUCUGUGUGCUUCCAAUUAAUGCAUGGGGUAAUGGACAGAGGCACAGUGGCUCGGAAGGGUUCAAUGGCUCCAAAGCGUGUAUUAAUCAUCGGUUUAGUGGAUCGUGGAAGAAAAGAUGGUGGCAGUCAGUAUUUGGGUGA